AUGACCACCGAUGGUUUUUUAGCAGCCUUGCGUCGCUUUAUAGCGAGACGAGGGAUACCGACACGCGUCUAUUCGGACAAUGGAACUAACUUUGCAGGUGCGAAUAAUCACCUGAGAGAAUUAUAUGUUCUAUUCAACUCCGAUGAACACAGGAAUCGUACGAAUCGAUUCUCGGUUGAACAUCACAUCACGUGGCAUUUUAUACCUCCCAUAGCUCCACAUUUCGGUGGACUAUGGGAAUCCACUGUAAAACUAUUUAAACAUCAUUUUAAACGUGUCGUCGGUGAGCUCUUGUUUACAUUUGAGGAACUGAAUACCUUUACUAUAGAAGUUGAAGGAAUAUUAAAUUCCAGACCCAUCUGCGCUCUCUCAUCCGAUCCCAAUGUUCUGUCUGUCCUUACACCUGCACAUUGCUUAAUCGGCAGACCACUGAUUAACAUGCCCGAGCCUGAUCUCUCGUCUGUCCCAGCCAACCGUCUGUCCACCUGGAAGCAUACCAUGAAGGUGCGGCAAGAUUUCUAG